AUGGCAUCAGCGUCCCGAAAUAUGGAGAUGGGCCUUCCGACACCGAAGAAGUCAUCAGAGGCGGCGUGCUCCGACCGUGAUGACAGCGAUCUAGACAACCAGUUGCCCCCAAAUAUUGCUCAUCACGGCGGUAUCAUGGGUACAUUGGGAACCUCAAUUAGCGAAAGCGAUCCUUUCCAACAGGCAGAGGGGCCGAUUGUGGCCACAAUUGAACACCGGUCCGAUCUUGAACGCGAAGUUGCAGAGCAGAUUGCACUUAUGGACGAGUGCUCUGAGAAGAUUGCGACCGAGGAACAAAUCCGGUGUAAAACCGACUUAGUCACAGAUGACACCAAGCCCGGCAUCACCGAUCGGGGCAACCGCACAACCUCAGCUACAGGGCAAGAUUCGAUUCUCGUUGACGAUGGCGUGGAUUUCGUCGCCGGGGGAAACUUCGGCGUAGCACCGAAGUCUUGCAACAAUCCAAGCGGUGUUCAGGCGCCGUUGACAGCGGCCGUGAAAGGCCCUCCGAAGCUAGAGGUAUCAUCGGAGCAGGAAUCUUUGGAGUCAAACUACAACAUUUCUGAUCACCACAGCCAAACAACAUGCUCUGACCUGUCUGAUUGGAUCGCAUCCCUGACCGACGGAUCCGUGAGCUCUUCAGAGAGUUCAACCAGCGGUGACGGAGAGCGAGUCCAAGCCGACAGACCUAACACCACACCUCCGGCCUUGGAGGAUAAUAACGCAGACACAACAGGCAGCCCCUUUAGAAUUGGGAGGUCGCAUCUCGGAGGGUUGGGUAUUUUUGCAACCCGGGAGCUCAAAAGAGACGAGACCGUCUGGGAGGAGGCUCCGCUACUGCGGACAACACAUGGUAGUCUGAUGAUGGACUAUUCUAACUUGUCCGACGCAGCCAAGAAGGCGUAUAUGAGCCUCCGUGGUGCCGAAGGGGAGGACCGCUUUACACGGGUGGAAAUGAUCAAGCAGCUUAACGGAUUCGCCCUCCCAGAUGGGGUUGGAAUCUUCGAGACUGCCUCUCGCUUCAACCAUGCCUGCUCGCCAGUUGAGAACGUCGGAUACACGUUCGACGAGGAGCAUGAUGUUCUCACCUUCACCGUCUGUCAAGACGUGAUCCCAGCCGGAGCCGAGCUGCUGGUCAACUACGGGGCCUCACCCGUCGAGCUGUACUCCAACUGGGGGUUCCGAUGCGCCUGCGGUGGUUGCACACCGCUGACAGACAGAGACAUUUGGAGAAUGAGGAACGAAGCUUUGGGAAUCCCGGGCGAUCAUGGUAUGGGGGUCCUGGAUUGGUAA